AGGGGUGCCCAGCGCUUGGAAUUCCCCGCUCUGCUCUAACUCCGGAAUAUCAGAGCGGCCUUGGGACCUGAUUCAUCCCGCCCAGCCAGUCCUUAAGACCGUAGCGACUGAGGCUUGGGGUCUGGACGAGGGUUUCCUGCACAGUUCUGGACUCCCUUGGGGGCGCAGGGACGCGGGGCUCCGGUGUGACCAAAGUUUUGGUUUGGCUCAGAUUCCAAAUGAAAAUGUUUGAGAGUGUUGACUCUACAACCACAAGAUCUGGAGGGGAUCUCUGGGCUGAAAUCUGUGCCUGUCUGCCAAAUCCUUACCAGGAAGAUGGUGCCAACAAUGCCUUCUCGGACUCGUUUGUGGAUUCUUACCCUGGUAGUGAAGGCCAGAAGGAAGCAGCAGACUUUACUGUCCAGCCAGCUAUAAAGCCCUGGGCUCCCUUGCAGGAUUCAGAAAUGUAUUUAGCAUCUCUAGAGAAGAAACUGAGAAGAAUCAGAGGUUUAAAUCAGGAAGUGACUUCCAAGGACAUGCUUCAAACCCUGGCCCAAGCUAAGAAGGAAUGCUGGGAUCGCUUCCUUCAGGAGAAGUUAGCCUCAGAGUUCUUUGUGGAUGGACUUGAUUCUGAUGAGAGCACCUUGGAACAUUUCAAGAGGUGGCUCCAGCCAGAUAAAGUAGCCAUCAGCACAGAGGAGGUCCAGUAUCUGAUUCCUCCAGAGUCACAGGUUGAGAAGCUAGACACCCGGGACAAGCCUGCUGCCCAGGAUGAGCCAGCAGCAGCAGAACAAUAAAUAUGCAUACUUUGAGCAGCUGUCUCAGGUCCAGAGGAAACAGCGGAGAGCUCCUCAGAGCAGAAAUCUAGGGAGGGGAAAAGCCCAAACUUUCACUCCACAAAGAAAACAGCUGGAAGCAGCUGAGGACUGACUUGGGGCUGGGAUGUGUCACUGUCUUGGAUGAAGUACUGACCCAGCAUGUGCAGGGUCAAAAUACUGCUUUCCUCUGUGUAUAACAUCUUCACUGAGCUCUGUUGCUGCAAGGUAGGAGUCUCCUAAAGAGCUAGCGAAGGACCAUGUAUGAAAGUACCUAGAGAAACUGAGGCCCCUGACAUGUAAUGUAUAAGUUAGGUAAGCCAUAUUUUUCCUUGUCCCACCAUUCCCAUGGUAAAUUGUCAGGGGUGAGUGGUGCCAAGAAGAGUGAAGUCUGCUUUCUUGAAUCCAAGUCCCAUGAGGAGCUUCUCUAAUGUAUCUAUAGUAAACAUAGGGACUCUAGGGAAAGAGGCUGGGCUUCUCCUUUCUCACAUUUAUUCCUUGAGGAGAAAAUGGGUAAAAGAAGUACGAAAAUGUGGGUGUUUAUGUCUGUGUGUGUGUGUAUAUAUAUAUAUAUAUAUAUAUAUUUUUUUUUUUUUUUUUUUUGUAGAGACAGAGUCUCACUUUAUCGCCCUCGGUAGAGUGCCAUGGCAUCUCACAGCUCACAGCAACCUCCAACUCCUGGGCUGAAGCGAUUCUCUUGCCUCAGCCUCCCGAGUAGCUAGGACUACAGGUGCCCGCCACAACGCCCAGCUAUUUUUUGGUUGCAGUUCAGCCGGGGCCGGGUUUGAACCCGCCACGCUCGGUAUAUGGUGCUGGCACCUUACCGACUGAGCCACAGGCGCCGCCCUUUUUUUUUUUUAAUUUCAUGCAUGGCUUCUCCCCCAACUUCCUCAUAUACUCAAAAGGGGCCAGGUUCCAAGUCAGACUUGUAAAUAUUGUGUUAGUGUUUGACACUACUCCUGAAUAGUUCCAAGCUUGUUCCUUGUGGGAGCUUUCCUGGCUGAGUCUGACUUUUGGUCCUUGUUUAUUGCGUUAUUGUUCAGAGUGUGUUGUGUAUAAAACUUCUCAUCAGAAA